AUGUUAACUUAUAAUGCUUUUAAGACAAUUCGGCAGCGUUCACUGCCUAUUAAUAAGCCAAUAUAUCUAUUUCUAAGUUCUCAACAGGGUUUUAAUCAGAUUUUCAGAUUUUCUCAGCUUGCAAAGACAACAGAGAAAACAGAAGAUCAAAAUGUAUUUAAAGUACCUAAAGAAGCUCAAAUAGCAGAAAGAAAACGCUACAGAUUUUCAUAUACAUCAUUAAACGGUUUCAGUGUUGUUCCAUAUGGGCGUAGAGAACCAAUUAAAGACGCAGAAAUGCUCGAAAAAGCCAUGCAAAAGGCAGUUUUACGCUCUACAGGUGGAAAAAAUGAUGGUUCUAAGCCUUUGAUUCUUUCUCAAGACCUUAAACUCAAGCUUCGUAUUCUGCAAAUGUUGUAUAAAGAAACAGGCUAUCGGCUACCAGACCACUUUAUUACAAAAGUAAACAAUAUUUCAGGUGUUCUUAAGUACUGCAAAAGAGCCAUUACUGAGGUGAAACGAUCGAAAAAUGAUCCACUCCUCGAUCAACAGUUAUUUAAAAAUAGUAAUGUUCAAAUUGAAACAUAG